UUUUUUUAUAUAAGCGGGAUUUUUUGAGAAUUUUGGAAACUUAAAACUGAGUUAACAUGACAUCGCGAAGUUCUUCAAUUCAUAACCUUGAAUUUGACGAACUAGACAGAGCACAGAGACUGAAAGCUGCUGUCCAUUACACAGUGUUACAGAUCUGUCGGGACGUUGAAGCGGAUCUGGACGUCACAAUCAACAAGCAGUUGAUAGCGGCACUCUCAGAGACGACGUGGAGACAAUGUGAGAGCUUUUCUCAAGAUCUCGAACUGUUCGCCAAACACGCUAAAAGGACAACAGUCAACCCAGACGAUGUUAAGAUGUUGGUUAGAAAGGCUCCAAAUUUGUUACAACACAUCUCCAAUAUGUACGAGGAGAAAGUGAAAAAAGAUGAACCGAAGAAAAAGGUACGGAAACCUAAAAAGAAUGUAUCAAAAACAUCAACAGAUGUAACCAUAGAAACUGAUGCUGACUCUAUUGUGCCAGACUGAACAGGUUUCCAUGGAGACUGAAAGAUGUGAUUUUGCACUUUUUGCAAAGGGUGUGUUCCCUGAUAAUAGACCUCACCAACAGAUGAAUGUAAUUUAUUUUACCAUCAGAAAUCUCAUUGUUAUGGAGGUUUUUGUUGACAUAUUCAGGUGCUUUUAGAUCAAGAUAAACUGAUGGUAUUUCAUCGGCUAGUGUUCUAUUUCCAACCAGUGCAUCACAACUGGUCAAAGGCCGUGGUAUGUGCUUUCCUGUCUGUAGGAAAGUGUAUAUAAAAGAUCCCUUGCUGCAUUAGAAAAAAUGUAGCAGGUUUCCUCUGAUGACUACGU